CGUAUCAUCUGAUCUAAGAGUGCCCAUAUGUUUACAAAAUACGUCAUCGUUACUACAGUUUAGACGUCGCUUACGUGUUCGUGUAGUAAAAACGUAAAGUAGCUCGUUACGUAGCAGCAUGCCUUUCUUUGGCGGCAUCGAAGGUGGCGGUUCCAAGUCAAGCAUGAUCAUUAUUGAUGAAAAUGGAAAAUGUGUUGGCGAAAGUUCGGGACCAGAUACAAAUGUUUGGCAAAUCGGUGCAACAGAAGUUUCCAAUCGAAUUAAUAAAAUGGUCAUAGAUGCUAAGAAUGUUGCUGGAAUUCCUACUGACCAAAAACUGGCUUCCUUGGGUAUGUGUCUGAGUGGUGGCGAACAACCUGCAACAAAUAAAGAAAUGAUUAAAACUAUGAGUGAAUUGUAUCCACUUAUGAGUGAGAGCUUAAUUAUCAAGUCAGAUACAGCUGGAUCUAUUGCUACAGCAUGCGAAAAAGGUGGAAUGGUAUUGAUAUCUGGAACAGGGUCAAAUUGCUCACUCGAAAAUGAAGAUGGGUCUACGUUUGGUUGUGGGGGUUGGGGUCACAUGAUGGGGGACGAGGGUGGGGCUUAUUGGAUCUCACACCGAGCAGUCAAAUAUGUGUUUGAUCACGAUGAUAAUAUGGAUUCUGCACCUUGUGACCCUACUCUUGUGAGGAAAAUGAUGUACAAGUACUUUAAGGUUUCAGAUCGGCAAGGUAUGCUUAAUAGUCUGUAUUCAGAUUUCUCAAAAAGCAACUUCGCAGGAUUUUGCAAAGUUUUGGCUGUGGAAGGCUGUGUUAAAAAAUCUGAUGCACUAUGUCUUCAUCUUUUCAAAGAAGCUGGUAUUGUGUUGGCCAAACAUAUUAUUGCUUUAGUUCCAAAAGCAGACAAGGCAAUGUUGCAAAGAGCUGACGGGCUGCAAGUAGUUUGUGUUGGAUCUGUAUGGAAAAACUGGAAGUAUAUUAAAGAAGCCUUCAUGGAGACAUUAAGUUCGCACUUACAAGGAAAAGUAAGCUCUAUUACACUGGUUGAACUUAAUGGGAACAGUGCUAUUGGUUCAGCAGUAAUAGGUGCCAAGCAUGCAAAUAUUCCAAUAUCUGUUGACCUCUCCAAAAACUACAGGGUAUUGUACCAGAGCACGAUUUGAAUUUUCACAUUAAAUGGCAUAUACACAACAGCAAAUCAUGCUUUUAAUUAGGAAAUAUACAAAUCCUAAAACAGGCUUUUUAGCAGUAUCGCCAUCAAUCCACUGUUGUGUAAAUGCCAGUUGAAUUGAUUACAUAAAUGCAGUUGUGUGAACUUUUUUAACUUCUAUAUAAAUUUAAUUUAUUCACGUUGAUCUUCUAACUACACUUGCACUUUGUUUGCGAUUUUAAAAAUAUUUAAUUCACUAAAAAUGUUGUAACAUUUAACAUUAUUUAAUGCUACCUAUGUAACAUAUAUGUUUGCUACCUGUGCAAUCUUCUAUCUAAAAGGGUAUUUUCUCUAUUUUAGUUCCAAAUUGUAUCGCACUAGACCUAAUACUGUAUUAUUUUAGAUCCCAAAUUUUACCGUUGAUUUUGUGCUAUUUUUAAAAUUUUAUUUAAUAUAAUAUACAAUUCUUUACACCAUUUAGCUACAUAUAUUCAUAAAUUGGUGAAAUAAACCUUUGUAUU